AUGAUCAGUCAAUACGUCAAUCACGACCACCGCAAAUGGGAUGGCCAUCUCGCCGAGUUGCAGUUUGCCUACACCGCAACCCACGACGCGACGGGGCAUACGCCGGCGUUCUUGAAUCACGAUCACGAUUUGCGGCAACCCGAGGAACGAGAGCGUCACGGCGAACCACGCGCACCGCACGUGCUACAGCACCGGCUACAAGACGCGUUCGAAAUCGUCCGAAUCCAACUCGCGCGCGCUUUUCAGCGCCAAGGAAAAUAUUAUAAUCUACGCCGCCGCGAGUGGCGACCACAAGUAGGGGAGUGGGUCUGGAAGCGCGAACACCCCCUGUCCCGCCGCGCAGACGCCUUUAACGCAAAACUCGCGCCGAAAUUCCUAGGACCCUUACAAGUGCGACGAAUAAUCUUGCCAGUCAUUGUAGACCUCCGAAGCGCGGGGGGGAAAUGGUACCGACACGUACACAUUCAAGAAUUGAAGCCCACCCCUCCCCCGGACGCCGAAGGAGAAGAGAGCGAAUCUGACUCCGACACCGAGUAA